CCGACUGAAGAUAAGACGACCACCCGCCAGAAUUCAAUUUCACCAAAAAUUCAUCCAAUUUUCCCAGGAAAAAAAAAAAAUCAGCGAACCGUGUAAGAGGGUGACCGUGUGUCGCGCUGCGUGCGUUGCGAGCCAGCGAUAAGGAAUCUACACGGAGUUUAUGCGGUUCUACUUGUUUUCUAGGGUUACGAAUGGUAUGAAUUUGAUGCGAGUUUUAGCCUAUCAAGGAAGAGGAGCUUCUUUUAUCUGUGCCGUCCUUGGUUUUAUCGCCGAAUGUGACUUUAUUCGUAGAUAGAUUGCAUAGAUGUUCUCCAGCAAUUUGAAGGGGUUUGUAUUGGCCGUCGUUUCCAGCGCUUUCAUUGGCUCCAGCUUCAUUAUUAAGAAAAAGGGCCUCCGGCGGGCCGCGGCCAACGGCCGUCGUGCCGGUGUUGGAGGAUAUGGUUAUCUGCUCGAGCCUCUCUGGUGGAUCGGAAUGAUUACGAUGAUUGUCGGAGAGGUCGCCAAUUUUGUGGCUUAUAUUUACGCCCCUGCGGUGCUUGUGACACCACUUGGUGCUUUGAGUAUUAUUGUAAGUGCUGUCUUAGCACAUUUCUUGUUGAAUGAGAAGCUUCAAAAAAUGGGCAUGUUGGGGUGUCUUCUAUGCAUCGUUGGAUCCACUAUUAUUGUACUCCAUGCUCCUCAAGAGCAGUCCAUUAGUUCGGUACUAGAAAUAUGGGAAUUGGCCACUCAACCAGCUUUCCUCUUGUAUACUGCCGCAGCUGUAGCUGUAUCACUAGUAUUGAUCUUAUAUUGUGCCCCCCGAUAUGGCCAAACUAACGUUUUUGUUUAUGUCGGGAUAUGCUCUGUAAUCGGGUCUUUGACAGUCAUGAGCGUAAAAGCUAUUGGCACUGCAAUCAAACUUACAUUAGAGGGCAGAAACCAGGCUGUAUACUUCCAAACAUGGAUUUUUGCAAUGGUUGCUGUUACCUGCAUCAUACUUCAAUUAAAUUAUCUUAAUAUGGCGCUGGAUACUUUUAACACAGCAGUUGUUUCUCCCAUCUACUAUGCCUUGUUCACAUCUUUUACUAUAUUAGCCAGUGCGAUCAUGUUUAAGGACUAUAAUGGUCAAAGUGCAAGCAGUAUUGCAUCAGAGCUUUGUGGUUUUAUUACCGUUUUAUCUGGAACAACUGUAUUGCACAGUACAAGAGAGCCUGAUUCUCCAGCCAAUACAGAUUUGUAUACACCACUGUCUCCAAAAGUGAAAUGGUAUGUCCAAGGCAAUGGUGAACCUUGGAAACAAAAAGAGGAAGAUGGAGCACCAUUUAAUUUAAUCACAAUAGUACGGCAAGACCAUUUCAAGUGACAGUAAGGGAUUAAUUUGUAACUCCUCAAAGUCAGUUCCAUCCUGUGAUAUCCUGCCAAUGGGGUUCAAGCGUUUGAAAAUGUUCCAUCAAUUUGGUUUAGCAAGAGACUUUACACUGUGCCGGCGUAGAGGAGAGGGUGGUGGCGCUUUCAGGGAUGAUUCAACAUUGUUUGCGUUUUUUUGGUUUACCACUUCUGUUUCACUCUCCCCGAUGCUUAUACAGAUGUGCAUUGGAGAAAAUUCCCUGCUUCUGGGGUUGGCCUUGGUCAGGUGGUGGGUGCUGAUGUAAUUUUGAUAAUACAGACUGGUUAGACGAGGAGGGGUGUGGUGGGCUUUCAUACUUUUGUACAGUGAAUCUAUCAGUUCUGCAAUUUUCUCGGGUUUGUGAGUCUUUGCUUCUGCAUGGCCCGUAGCUUGAACAGAUCUGGGCUCGCCAAAUUGGGGUUGUGCCCUUUUUUUCAAGUCAAGUUCUACUGCGCGGAGCACGGUAGAUCUAUUUUCAAUUUUGGUACUGUUAACUACAAGUGAAGAAUUUAUAGCUUCCGAUCAAAUGAGGAUGUACAUCUGAGGUCUGACGGUCACGCCGAUUUUUGUUUGUACUUUAUAAAUUACUUAAGUAAUUAUGAUUUUGUUAUCCGGAGUGCUUUUUUCCUCGAAAAUUAUAUGUAGCAGAUUUUUGUGUGUACUCCCUUUGUAUUAAUUACUUGAGUGAUUAUAUGUUUUGCUUGAGACUGG